AUGGAGACGUAUAAGAUAACACCACAGGUUGUUUUCAUGGUGAUGCUAUGGAUAAACACAGUGUUUGGUAUGCCAGACAACUGCGCUAACAGCACUGCUAGUGUUGAAAAUUGUCACAUGACUCAGGGAAUUGAUCAGGUUUAUAUCGAAGGAUUUGCACCAGCUUGCACUAAACACGAUGUUUGCUACAGAUGUGGUGCCAGAUUUCACAAAGACAGAGAAAAGUGUGAUCUUAUAUUUUUGGAUGAAUUAUCCGCAAUAUGUAAAACACUAAAUGGUACUACUUACAAUGUUGCAGCAUGUGACGGUGUUGCUGGUACGUUCUACUCCCUCAUUUACAUGUCGGGUAACUUUACAUAUUACGAAACACCCCUGCACUUCUGUAAGGAUUUCUGGGUUGCUGUUUGCUUGAAUUAA